CAGAUAAACUUGUCAUUCAACCCAAUUUUAGACCCCCAUUCCACACCGCAUAUUUGGCAAAAACCUGCAAAUGCAUGCAUGCGACGUCCCUUUUUAUCCUCUGCUUCCUCCACAUGCCCCCAAAGAUUAGCGCGUUUCCAAUCGCCUCACCUCCAUGGUCCAAGAAUUAUCGCUCCAAUCGCCGUGCAGCAUUCUAGGCGCCGCUUAAUCCAGUGGAACAAAAUGCAGCAAAGCAGGCCGGACAUGGAGCAGCAGCUCGCCCAGGUCCGCGGCGAGCUGCGCAAGGUGCGCGACGAGCGGGACCGCGCGCACCGCGUCCUGGAGGUGACCGAGUGGAAGGCGCUGGCCUCGGCCAACGACCGCACCACGAUAGAGACGCUCGAGGCCGAGCUCGACGCGUCGCGGGAAUCAGAGAAGCGGAUGCUCGACUCGCUGGCGUUGCAGACGAAGCAGCUCGAGCUCACCAAGAUAUCGCUCGAGGAAGCCAGGCUCGAGAUGACAUCGCUGCACGAGACCAUCCAGAAACUCGAGACCAGAACCCCCGUCGCAACGCCGAGAAGCCGGUACGACCGCGACCUGCAGAGAGUCCACGGCGAGCUGAGGGUGGCGCUCGCGGCGGAGGAGAAGAGCAAGAAGGCCAUGGAGGAGUUCGUGAUGGCACUCAAGGAGGUGAACGCAGAGCUGCACGCGACGCGGCAGCAGCUGGCGCGCGCGCAGCACGAGGCGGAGACGGCCCGGCUGGAGGCCGAUCGGAUGCACGUGUCGGUCAAGCGCAAGGACGACAAGCUCCGCGCCUUGUCCGACGAGGUGGUCCGGCUCCGGGCCGAAGCCGAGGAGUCGUUCGCCGCGUGGCGGGGAAAGGAGAAUGGGUUCACGGCGUGCAUGAAGUCCACGGAAGCCGAGCUCGCCGAGGCGCGGCGCGAGAAUGCACGGCUCCUCGAGUCGCAGCGCUCCGGGCGGGCCGAGAUCUCUAAGCUGCGGGACAUACUGAAGCAGGCCGUCAAGGACACCAAGGUGGUGAAGGAGGCGCUGGAGGAGACGAGGAGCGAGAACGCGGUGCUCAAGGGCGUGGUCGGCGACAAGGACAAGGCCGUCAAGUGCACCAAGCAGGAGCUGGAGGGACUACGGGUCAGCGAGGCCGCAGCGCGCGACAGCGUCAAGGAGCUGCAGAGCAUUCUCGUGGCCACGUCAUCGAGCCCCACCGCCGCCGCGGCUGCGAAGUUGGACGUGGAGGAGAGUUCGUCGCCGCAGGGCGUGAUAGUACGGCCGGGGUUGGAGAAGUACCCAUCGGACUCGAAGAUUAAGCCGCCGGUGGGGCUAGCGCGGCCGCGCCGGAUGUCGGAGACCUUCGAGGGCUCGGCGUACGACAUCUUCGGUUCAAUGGACGACCAGAAGGGGGAGCUAGGCGUGUUCUCCUCGAUGCCGAGGUUGCCCGGCCGGCGACGGGUGGUCAUGCGCAAGGUUGGCAGCUUGUUCCGGUGGAAGAGCUUCGGUAACAAAUAGCCGAUGGAAAACAGGGUGGUGGCAUGUGUGUGCAUGGCAGUUCUGACCACUUGGUGCUUUUUGUUGGGCGUGCAAUGCCUCCCUGAUCCUGAGCUGCUCUUGGAUUCCUGUAUAUGAAAUUUCGAAAUUGCCCAGUGUAUACUGC